CUUCUUUAUCCUUUGUGUGAGUCGCGGCGAAACUUCAGUGUUUACGAAGGAGAGAGAGAGAGAAAAUUUCUCAUCGGCAAUGGCUAACCCUAAGGUCUUCUUCGACAUGUCGGUCGGCGGUGCUCCCGCUGGUAGAAUCGUCAUGGAGCUCUACGCCGAUGUCACCCCUCGCACUGCGGAGAACUUCCGUGCUCUUUGCACCGGAGAGAAGGGAGCUGGCCGGAGCAGCAAGCCCCUGCACUUCAAGGGAUCGUCCUUUCACCGUGUGAUCCCAGGAUUCAUGUGUCAGGGUGGUGAUUUCACCGCCGGAAAUGGUACAGGUGGCGAGUCGAUCUAUGGAUCCAAGUUUGCCGACGAGAACUUCGUCAAGAAACACACUGGAGCUGGCAUUCUGUCCAUGGCUAACGCUGGACCGAACACCAACGGAUCUCAGUUCUUUAUUUGCACUGCGAAGACCGAGUGGCUCGAUGGAAAGCACGUGGUUUUCGGACAGGUGGUUGAAGGGAUGGACGUGGUGAAGGCAAUCGAGAAGGUCGGUUCUUCUAGUGGAAGGACAGCCAAGCCAGUUAUGAUCGCUGAUUGCGGUCAGAUCUCUUAAAAAAUUCUCUGAUCUUUGUAAUCCGACCAUGGGUGGGUUCGUAGUUUGGGUUAGGGUUUCUUCCUUAUCUGGUCUUUUCUUUUGGUUUCGGCAUAGGGUUUGUGAUGUCGAAUUGGGGAGGGCAUGAGGGGCUUUAUCUGUGUAGAUGGCAAUGAUCUUACUCUAGAAUAAGUUUUAGUGUUUCGAUUUUAAAUAAUCGUCCCUUUUUUCCA